UUUAUCAAUCGAGAAAAGCAGCUCUUAAUUUUUUUAAUUACAAAAAUUGGUUUUCAACAAAAUUAACACAUGGAUUUCCUCCAGACGACAUGAAUUCAUGUACUAUUAUUUUGGGUGCAAAAUUAGUAGGUCGACGACAUUUUCUUAUUGAUCCAUUAGCUGCUUUAUCAGGUGCACGUCAUUUCUUUGUUAAUUAUUUUAUAAAUCAAUCAUAUUAUGGAAUAAUCGAAGGUGGUUUUCUUGGAAAUAAUUUUGGUUAUAGUGGUCUUUCAACAGCACAUAUAAAACCUUAUGGUUGGGAUCAUGGUGGAUUACAAUGGCAAGUACCAACACGUCAAUGUGAAAAAUUAAUUUUUUGUUUACAAAUAAACACAAUUCGAUAUCAUAGUUUUUCAUUAUCAUAUCAUUUUUUAUUUGGUCCAAACAGUAAUUCAUUUAUAUGGUGGGUAUUUAAUCAAUGUUCGAUAAAUAUAACACCUGUUUUUGUGAAAUAUCCAUUUGUUGGUAUAGAUUACUUUUGGACACGUGAAAGUCCAUCGAAGGAUAAUUCGUUAUGA